GGAAAGGAAGGUGGGGAGGGCAGGGGAGGAGGGUCCUGGAGCAGGACUUGAGAAGGCCUCCCUGCUUUCCUAUCAGGAAACACAUCCUGUUAGCGUCUGGCUGCCGUGGCUUGGCCGCUAUUUGUUGCAGUUGGCUACGCCCUCCAUCCAGCUCACAAAAAACAGCCUCAAAAACAACCAUUUCCUCUCUGCGGAGGGGGGGCCGCACACGCGCGCACACACAGACACACACGCACAUGCACCUCCCUGCAGCAGGCUCGCUGCUUUCCAGGACCGGCUGUUUCGUGGCAGAGGCACAGGGCAGGGGCUCCUGCAGUGAGAGGCUGAACUGCUCCCGGCACAGCUCCCCCCUGCCCUGCUCAGAGCCUGGCGGCUGGUUUUGCUCUGUGGCGCUGGUUCUAAGCAGUGAGGCGAGACAGACCCCCACGUUGCCGCCCACCUCUCCUGUUUCUUGUGGGAAGGAGAGGCCUUGCUUCCCAGGAAGACGGCGCACGCACGACUCUGGACUCUCGCUGGUGCCCCGGCUUCCUCCCCGGGAUGGGCCGAGAGGCUGGCUGCAGCUCAGGCCUGGCCCUGCUCCAGGUGCAGGAGGGAGGGUAGGGAGGGCCUGAGGUGAGCUCACCUGCACCUGUCACAUGGGCCUUCCCGAUGCCACUGAGAAUGAGUGGUGAUGUCCUCUAGCAGCCCCUAGCUGGUCUUGGCUCUCCCUGGCCACAGCAGCUGACCGGGACUGGGACUUUCUCCACGACAAGCGGACAGCACCGGCAGUCAGAGAUGACUGUCCAGAAACUGGUGGCCACGGCAGUGCUGGUGGCCCUGGUCUCUCUUGUCCUCAACAAUGUGGCGGCCUUCACCCCCAACUGGGUGUACCAGACGCUGGAGGACGGGCGCAAGCGGAGUGUGGGGCUAUGGAAGUCCUGCUGGCUGGUGGACAGGGCCCGGGGAGGGCCAAGCCCUGGGGCCCGGCCAGGGCAGGCGGACGCUCGGGACUGUGAAGCUCUGGGCUGGGGCUCUGAGGUGGCAGGCUUCCAGGAGGCUCGAGGCACCGUCAAACUGCAGUUCGACAUGAUGCGCGCCUGCAACCUGGUGGCCACGGCAGCGCUCGCUGCAGGACAGCUCACCUUUGUCCUGGGGCUGGCGGGCCUGCCCCUGCUGUCGCCCGAUUCGCAGUGCUGGGAGGAGGCCAUGGCUGCCGCGUUUCAGCUGGCGAGUUUCGUCCUGGUCAUUGGGUUGGUGACAUUCUACAGAAUCGGCCCGUAUACCAACCUGUCCUGGUCUUGCUACCUGAACAUUGGCGCCUGCCUUCUGGCCACCCUGGCAGCUGCCAUGCUCAUCUGGAACAUUCUUCACAGGAGGGAGGACUGCAUUGGGCCCCGGGUGAUUGUCAUCAGCCGCUCCCUGACUGCGCGGUUUCGCCGAGGGCUGGACAACGAGUAUGUGGAGUCACCGUGCUGAGCCUGCUCAGGACUUUAUCACUAUAACUAAACAGUAUAGAAACUGAAGGGCUGUCUGUGCAAGCAACUCAUAGGGUUUCCUAUAUAUACAUGUACGAUACACAGCUAUGUUUACUGUUAUAUAUAAAUAUAUUAUGUGGUUAUAUAUUGCCUGCGCCACCUCCUUCUGAUGCACCCACGACUCGGCUUCACUUCUGAGCACAUUCCAAGGAGGAGACCAGCGGCUGAGGUGCAUGGACAGUGGCAGCCAGCUUGCUCUGCAUCUUGGCCUAGGAUUAAUUUAUUCUGUAUCUGCUGAGCGGUGGGUCUUUGGUCAUAUUUACUUUGGUAAAGCAGAAUACCCAGGAAGAUUUUCUGGAACUGUCUGUGGUCUUCCUUGAGUGACUCAGAAUUUACAAUCAGAUGGUUAUGGCUUUAUGACAGAACUGUGUUCCUAAUGUCUGUUUUGCUCCUGAUUAUUUUUCUAAGUUAAAAUAAAAUGCAAACUUCUCACCACUGUGUAAAACUUGUGUUUUAUCCAUCAUACUGCCACACGGGUGAAAAGAAGUUGGUCUAUUUUUCUGUCAUUUUUGUGGGUUGGCAGGAAGAGAAGGCUUGAUACAUUUUUCAAGACCUGGUGGGAACACAGCUGUGGGCCCUUACUCACAUUUCCGUUCAACUCUGAUGCCCCUGUUCCUACAGACUGAACACUGUGGCCCUGGGACAGCAGAUCAACAAAUGGCAGAGUAAGUGGGAAAAGCGUCUAUUUAUUUAAAGAAAAUUCAGAGAGAUUACUUUAUGUUUUUCCCUAUAAAAAUCUUCAACCUAGCUUCAGCCAGACGCUGGGUGGUCUACCGAUGGCCUUCAUGAUACCCCACCGAUUCCAAACAACCUUGGUCCUAAAUCUGGAAGAGGUGAAUCAGCGCCACCUCCCCAGGCUUCAGAAAACAUCAAAGAGCUGCAUCUAAGGGGUUCAA